AUUCGAUGUACAUGGGCUUAGUCAUCUCAAUGGCGCCCUUCAAGUUUCAUCGUCCGCCGUCCUUUCUGAGUCAUUCCAUCUACUCAUCUACAUAUUUAGGCAGCUAAUCUUCAUGUUAGAAUAUGAAAUCGUACGCAUUACGAAUCAAGCGUUUGCGAGACUUUAACAUCCAUUGUUAUAAACACAUCAAACGUUGCAGACACUCUGCAGCAUGGAUACACCUUUGAAAAGAGAUAAGCGCAAAUCGUCUGCACUGGAAGAAUCAUCAAUAUUAUUCGACGAGAAUGAGUCGACGGAAGUGAAACUGGCCAUUCUCUCUUCAGUGCACCCAAAUAUUAGUCAGGAAGCUCUAUUAGAAGCGCUUUUGGCACAUGACGGCUCUGUUCAGGCAGCUUCUGCUUCUUUAGCUGAGGAUCGAUCCGGAUCACCUAAGAAGCCGAAGACUACCGCCACGAUUGGUUGUCAAACUUCUUUACGGUCGUUUGCAUAUCCAUACUCAACUGAAGAACGAUCCGUGUCGCCUAAAAAGGCAAGGCGACUCUCUAAGAAAGGAGCAACCCUUCACUUAUAUGAUCCCGAAGAUAUAGCUGAGCAUACGCCUUGUACUGUAGUUCAUAAUUUCCUGCCACCAGAUGAAGCCAGCGCUCUUCUCAAGGAAAUGUUACACGAAUCAGAGUCAUUCGAACAAAUCACUUUCAAGUUAUUUGACAACGUCGUCCAAAGUCCUCAUACAUCCGGCUUCUACGUGGGGACGGAAGCAGAGAUCAACACCCAGAAGCACGACUACUUCUAUAACGGGGCUAAGUUAGAAGACGUCCGACGCAUCACACCUCAACUUCUGCAUGUCAGGCCAAAAGUCCAAGAGGCUGUAAAUAGAGAAAUCGAAACCCGCAUUAAGACUCGGUACCCCGGAGGACGAAAGCUCAAGUAUCAAUCUCCUGAUUCUUGGUCACCAAACUGUGCAUUCGUUAAUUGUUAUGAUGGGCCAAAGCAAAAUGUCGGUUACCAUACUGAUCAGCUCACAUACCUAGGCCCAAGAGCUGUCAUAGGUUCACUUUCUCUGGGAGUUGCGAGAGAAUUUCGUGUCAGAAGGAUCGUGCCAAAGGACGACAACACCAACCCGGAUGACCCUGACGCCGAAGGACAGAUUUCUAUACACCUCCCCCACAAUUCACUUUUGGUCAUGCACGCUGAGAUGCAGGAAGAAUGGAAACAUUGCAUUGUUCCAGCGCAAGCAAUCGACCCUCACCCUAUCGCGGGCAAUCGGAGGAUUAAUAUCACCUAUCGCCACUAUAAACCAGCAUUUCACCCAAGGUACACGCCAAAGUGUAAAUGCAAGAUCCCUGCUGUAUUGAGGGUCGUCCAGAAGAAAAAGGGGACACAGGGGAGGUAUUUUUGGAUGUGCUAUGGUGGAAAUGUGCCUGGCAAGGAAAAUUGUUCGUUUUUCCAAUGGGCCGAAUUCGACGAUGAUGGAAAUCCUAAGUGGGAUAAGACUCGUUAUAAAACCAUUCGGAACGAUAAUAUCCCCAACGAUUCGGUAAUAUGACAUUACGUACCUAUAUCGUUCGAGAGGCUGUGAUAAGCAACCCCUAUCAACAGGUUGACCUCAUCCUCAACGGAAGACUCUAAUAAGAGAGAAGUCAAGUCACGUUCGGGAGGGCUAUCGCAAAUGCGAUUUCCAUUUUGAAUACCCUAUACUUGAGUGGGGAUAAAGCUUAUAUUCAUACACGUGCAGGAGAUAAGUCUGUCCUCCUACCACCCGCCAUUUUGUUGGACUUCGGCCUGUCUUUAUUUAAUCGUUACUUCUUACGGCUCGACAUAACGAGGCAGGGUCGUAUUGUAGCCAUCGAA